UAUCGGUUAAUGAAAAGAAGGUGAAACGUAAAAGUGCAAGACGACAAUCGAACACGGCGAGCGAUAGAAGUAUUCCGCGUUGUUAGUAAUUUUCUUUAGCUGUAUUUGUUCGUGUAAAUAGUUUGACAGACGAUAUACCAAUAACGUGUUCUUGUUAGUGCAUCUGGCGAUAAAAAUUUAUCCACAAAAUGCUAAGUAAAAUAGUUAAUAGGACAUACUAUCGAUUCACAGCCUGAUUGGUUAAGUCAGUGUUGAAUGCAAGUAUGGCCGCCCUGCCAUCACCCACGCAGGUGGCUGGAAGCCAUACUGAUAUAUAUGAAGCCUAUUAUAACCAGGUUGAUCCCAAUGGAUGUGGACAAAUUGGUGCAAUGGAAGCUGCAAGAUUUCUUAAGAAAUCCCAGCUAAGCGAUGAUGUAUUAAGUAAAAUAUGGGAUAUGGCAGAUCCACAAUCGCGUGGAUUAUUAGAUAAGUCUGGACUUUUUGUUGCUCUUAAGCUUUGUGCAUUGGCACAGGCAGGAAGGGAUAUUAGUAUGUCAAAUUUAAGCAUGGAACUGCCUCCUCCAAAAAUGGGUGAUAUUCCUAUAACAUACACUAAGAAUGUAGUAAAUGCUUUGCCAGUAAUAACACCUGUCAGUACCGGAGAUUGGUCUAUUAAGCCAUCAGAGAGGGCCAAAUAUGAUCAGCUUUUUGAUAGCUUGCAACCUACAAAUGGGUAUAUUCCAGGAAAUAAAGUAAAAGGUGUUCUUAUAGAUAGUAAACUUCCAUUGGAUACUCUUGGAACAAUUUGGGACCUUGCAGACAUGGAUAAGGAUGGUAUGCUGGAUAGACACGAAUUUGUUGUUGCUAUGCACUUAGUAUAUAAAGCAUUAGAAAAAUAUGCAAUACCAAGUGUACUUCCACCAGAAUUAAUGCCACCUGGUAAAAGAAAAGACUCUAUACCUGUAUCAAAAUCUCCUGCAGCUUUAGGAAUAAUAACAACCGCCCCGCCGCCUAUUCCACCUUUACCAAAUGUAUCCUCUGUAAAGAGUAUGCCUAGCAUGGAUACAGCAAGGACAAACGUACAAUGGGUAGUUUCAUCUGAGGAUCAAAUAGCAGCAGAAAAAUUAUUUUUGCAAGCUGAUCUAGAUAUGGAUGGAUAUGUCUCAGGUAUCGAAAUCAAAGAUGUCUUCCUUCAAAGUGGACUUCGACAGACUGUAUUGGCUGAUAUAUGGGGCCUUUGUGACACAUGUCAAACUGGAAAGUUAAAUAAAGAACAAUUUGCUCUGGCUAUGUGGCUUAUUAAACAAAAACUUAGGGGUAUUGAUCCACCUGCAUCUUUAACUUCUGAUAUGAUACCACCUUCUAUGCGAAAACCUUCUGAUACUAUUGUGGAAAAUAAUAAUAUAUCUGGAUAUUCAAAUCCAGAAUUGGACAUGAUAAGCAAAGAUAUAGCAGAACUUGUACGUGAAAGGCAAACCAUGGAGCAGGACAUAGCCCAAAAAGAAGCUGAUAUUAAGAUAAAAAACGGUGAAAUAAAAAGUUUGCAAAGUGAAUUGGAUACUCUAGCAGCUACCCUAAAACAAUUGGAGAACCAGAAGGGUGAAGCACAAAAACGAUUGAAUGACUUAAAAGCUCAGAAGGCAGAAGUAGAUAAAGAUUUGAGUGAAGUCGAGCAGAAGAUUCAUGAAGAACAAAAAAAGGUUGAUAAAUUACGUCAACAAGCAGAAGAGCAAGAAUCAGUUUUACGUGCUCAAGAGGAAGAAUUAAAUUCUAAACGACAAGAAUUGGAAGGCUUGAAGCAAGAGGAGCAGCAGUUAGAGCAACAACAAAAUAAAAGCAGGGACCAAUUAAAUGAACUCACGAAAAAUUUGCAGGAUACUCAAUUGCAAAUUUGUCAAGCAAAAGCGAAAAUUACUCAUUUGCAAGAACAACAACGACAGAUGAGCGAUGCAAUUGCACUUUACGACUCUGCACUUGCAGCAGGGGAUGCCUCUCUUGUACCUGAUACUAGUCUGCAAUUUAAUCCUGAAAUUGAAGACCUAGAGUAUGACAAAGCUACACACAAAGAGGAUGGAGUACAAGAGAAAAAAACUGAUUCAUUUUCUAAUGCAAACGGAACAACUUUGGAUGGAUUUGAACAGGAUCCUUUUGCAUCAAGCAAAGCUCAAGAAGCAUUUACAGCAACAACACCAGAUCCAUUUGGAAGUGCAUUUCCAUCUCAGAAUACUGGAGGAUUUACAUCUGAUCCAUUUAGUGCAUUUGAUAAUAGUAAUGUCAUAAAACAGGAUCCUUUUGAUCCAUUUGGAGAUAGUAAAAGAACUGACACUAAAGCUGUAACUGGAACAGCAACGACAAAAGAUCCAUUCGGAGAUGAUCCGUUUGCAAAUCUUCAUGCACCAACUCGUCCAGAAAGUCCUAGCCCAGCUCUUCCUCCUAAGAAAGCAAAACAACCACCCCCACGACCAGCACCUCCACGACCUACUCAAGGACCUACUGGUCCUCUCCGAGCUGCACCAGCACCACCUACUCCUUCUCCCACUCCUGAUCCUUUCGCAAACGCUAAUACUGAUCCUUUCUCUGCUCAGCAAGGGGUAAUUGAUAACAACAACAGUACUAGUUUCACUAGCUCAACUGGAUUCGCCGAUUUUGCAAAUUUUGAUUCUAAGUGUUCCUCCAUAUCAGUCUGGCCAUAUCCCAUCCCUCCUCAGUCUCAUCAGUUUCUACCGGAACCAACACUGAAUCGAACGGCGCCACCCAGACCAACGAGCAGAGCGCAUACAGUAUAUCCAAAGUUGCCGGACUUCACGGAAGACCCGUUUAGAGAUUACCGAUACGAGGAUCCCUUUAACAUAGCGGAUCCUUUCGCUGACGAUGCAGAAGACCUGAACGCUAAUAAGAGCAAAGAGACUGGCAAAGUGGAUCCAUUUGGUUACGGAACAACUUCGAUACCUCCUCGUGAUAAUUCCUUCUCCAAGAGUUUCGACACUGAUUUCUCCAAUACCUUUCCAUUAACUAGAAACAAGAUUGAUAAAGAUAACGCUAAAUUCGAUGCUGACUUCAUGAAAGCGUUCUCCGAUGAUAACAGAAAUAUAAAGACUAUCGAAUCCGACGUAUUUUCUAAUACCAAGGCAAAAACGGUGGACAUUGAUGAAGCAUUUUCUGCCAAGAGUGAAAAGUCGUCUAAGAAACACGGACAGGACUUUACGCAUUAUAAAUCUAAAACUAAUUUUAACGAUAAAAAGUCAAAAAACGAGACUGGUAAAAUUUGGAAUGGUAACAAUACUCCAUUAUCGUUAACCGAAGAAGAGCAAUUUGUUUGGGCGUCUCAACAAAGUUUAAAGACCGAGGAAGAGAGACGUAGGCGUAAACAGCAAGAAGAAGCGGAAUUAGCUUUAGCUCUUGAAUUGAGCAAACAAGAAAAGUCUGGAAAAUUGUAAGCUUGAUCAAGUAAAGCAGUUACUCUAUAAUUCAUCCAAGUGAUCAACGUACAUGUUUUCAAGCACAACGACUUUGUAAAUCUUGAUAGUGAAACCAGAACCUGAAUGCAUAUGGUACGUUAACUUCCUAUAAUCGUAAAUGGUUAGAAGAAUUGAAAAAUCCGCACUAAUGAAAGCUACAACAAAUAUUCACGUAAAAUACAAUAAUUAUUCGCAAUGCUUAUUUUUAAUAUUAUAUACCAUAUCAUAAUUGCUGUGAAACGAAGAUACUUAGAAAAUAAAACAGAUAUUAGUGAAGCAUACAGAUAUCCAGGAAUCCAUAGAAGCAUGCAUUAAUCAUCAAGAAGCAUUUUACCGUGUAUGUAAUCAGUGUUGAAUGUGAUUUUUCCGUUUUUCACUUGACACGAGAUGAAUGUUAACAAAAUAUUAAUGCAUUACAAUUAUUUGAAUGCGGAAACGCCUUUGUUGGCAUUGUCAUUUAUUACAGAAAUCAAUGGAUUUUUGUAAAAUGGAAAGAAAGAAAAAAGGAAGGAAAGAAAAGAUUAAUUAUUGCCUUGCAAUAUCGAAUUCUAAAACAAUGACACUUAUUAUAAUAGUAGCUGGUUCUACGCUAUCGCUAACAGUAAAUUAGUAUGUAUAAAAGCAAAAUAUAAUGGCAGAUUAUUGGAUUGACAAUAAAACGUUGAAUACAUAUAUUCCGUGAGUUCAAAAUGAGAGGAAUAGUGAUAUAAAUGAUUAUUCGUAUUCAAGCAAAACGAAGGUUCUCAGUGUCGUUAUGUGAAACACACUUUAAACAUACAUCUGUACAUUUGUGACUAGCAAUGGAGUAAUUUUUCUGUUUAAUUUCAUCUAUGCUAGAAUUAUAUGUCCUGUGCAUGGUAUUCGAAUUUGAUAUGCCUUCACCAGUGUUUGUUGAAAGACUCUGUAUCAUUGGACUGAAAACUUUGAGCCAGACAAAUUGUUAAUUACAUAGUAACACGUAAGGCAUAAGACGUAUAAAUAUUAUUGAACUGUUGUUAACGUGCCCUAGUAUGCUUUUUCGACGCAAUAAUUCUGUGUAUAAGAAAAAAAGUUUCCAUAGUAUGUUUUCAAUGUAAAAAUUCAAAUUUAUUGUUCAACUUAAAACGCAAUAGAGAAAAAUGGAAAAAUGUAUGUUUAUCUUUAUUAUAUUAUCACGUAUCAUUUUAUUAGGACUGAAUAAAAUUGAAUGUUGCGAAUAGCAAAUGAUGGUAUUGUUACGUUAAUAGUAAGUGAACUGUUAUAAUAACGUUCAUAAGAAUGUCUAAUUUAGCCUUCGGUCUUAGUACGUCCCAAAGAAUAACGUGUUCAGAUAAAGCGUAGCUCCCGUGUUUGUCCCAAAGAUGCCGUCAUCAUAUGGAAUCAUUGAAAUCAAACACAAUGGGUGGUCGCGUUUAUUUUUACUUUUACUGUUGUAUCGCGUAAUUUCAUAACGACGAUGUAUUAUCCAUACUGUAUAUAUUAUUAUCUAUAUUAUUUCAUCGUAAUUAUUAUGACCAUUAUCGUGUUACUAUUGUUAUAUCACUAUCAUUGACAUUAUUACUAUUACUAUUACUAUUAUUACUACUACUACUACUACUAUUACUACUAUUGUCUAUAACGUAGCAUCUAUUAUCAUAAAACACUAUGCGCUGUCAAUAUAUCAUUUACCAAUGAACAGAAGUAAGUGUAAAAUCGUAUUAUAUAUACAUGUUAUUCAUAAAUAUGAUUAUUGUAUAUCGGUAUUGUUAGAGUUUCAAAUGCCUAUACAAGGGUGUUCCACAUCACUAAAAUAAGCCUCAUCUUUAUAAUGUUCAAAGAUGUAAAGAAAUGAUAUAGGAGAAAAUUAAAUGCUCUUGAAUGAUGUAUAUUCUAAACUUAAGUUCGACACAUUCGACGUUAUUUAAUUUUCUCCCAUCUCUAAUUGUUUUAGCAUUAUAACUUAUUUCAGUUGUAUGGGACACUUUGUAUAGAUACAUCUUGAUCACAGAAGCAUAGGAUCAAGCGCGACGAUUACAGAUGUGUGCCAGAAUGAACCUUUAUCGGAAUAAACCAAAUGAUCUAAUCACGCUUGAUUCAGAUGAUUUAGAAAGGCCUCGUCCAAAGAAUUUGAAUUGAUUUCUUGUUGCAUCAACUAUAUUCUAAUUGUGACGAACAGUCUUUGUUACUGAAUGCUUAAGCGUAUGAAAAAAUGUACUUGAACUAUGUAUAAUUGAAUGUUCAAGUAAUUAAUCUUUCAUGAGACGCGGUAACGAAGUCGAAUUGUAUACGGUGUACUAUGCACAAAGGACGCUGGUUUCUUUUUAUAUACGUAUUUAAUAUACAUACAUUUACAGCAUUGAGGGAGAUACAAAAUAAGAAUGAUGCUUUGUUAAUUUAAGUCGAAAACUCCCUGUAGUAAUUAGUAAAAAAAAAAAAUAUGUUGCGUAAAUUCACUUCUCUUCGUGUAAUCGACAAGCACCUCGAGCAAUGUAUAAUUAUACAAAUAUACAUAAAUGUAUGUAUUUUUCGGUAAACAAAUUUCUCUGAGAGACUGAACACGUAGAACGUCCUUUGAAAGACGGAAUUCCAUUAGAAGAUUUCUUCAUACGAUCUUUGUAUCUUCAAGAAAAAGAAAAGAGACAUUCAGGAGUUAUGCUUAUUAAGAUUAAAAAUAAUAUCAUUGAAUGGAUUGUUUAAAUUGCUUAACACCUUACCGACCGGAAGUCCUCGUAGUUCUUGAUGGCAGUGGUCGUUGACUGAAAACCAACUAAUAAGCCCUAAAUGAUUUAUCUAUAACUCAAUGAAAAAAUUAUUAAUAUCUAUUUAUGUUAUUCGCGAUCGGUAGAUAAGGUGUUGAAAAUAUUACUUAUAAUAGAUGAAUAAUUUCUGUUGUUAUACAAUGUGAUGUACCUUAGCCGCAUUUUCAAAAGUUUCUUGGAGAAAUCUUUAUGAUUAAGGACGUGACUGAAGAAAAUUAGAAAUUUUGAUGCUUAGGCAUGAGAAACGUUCAAGGAUGCCUAUACAUAAGUUUAGAAAUUUGUUUGCUAUUUGUUUAACAACGAGAUUGCUGCACAUAUGUAGAUGAUCCACACGCAUAAUGAAUGUAUCCUCUAAGCUGCGCGCUUGCGCGGACGUAAAGUUCCCGGGCAUUUAAAAUUUUGCCCGCGCACCAUUCAAAAUCAUAACAGGUCCGCGCAGAAAGUAAAUGAAAAUUAGAGGGAACGUUUUGCAUAAUCGCUGAUAAUCUUCGACCCUGAGUGUAUCGUAAAUGUAGAAAAAUAUUGAGAAUGUAACAACGUCCAGGUGUAUAGCAGUUUUUCCACAAGUUUGAAGUACAGCGAAGUAAUGAUUCCAGAGCGGUUUAAAAAAAAAAAUAAGGCAGGAAAUAACAAAGAUUUUUCGUUUUGUAAAAUUACAACAGAGUUUCUCUUGGUUCAAUUUAUACUAGAGGUAUUAUGUUCCUGUCAUCGUUUCGUAGUUUAAUCUUAAACGAGGUUUAAUUAAACAUUUUUGCUCAACGUCUAAGUAUUUCCUAAGAUGUGUAUUAUCUAUUUCGUAAAUUUGUAAGAGUUGCUGCGUUACAGAUUGACAAAUUAAUUGAAAUUUAUUCAUUCCAAACGUGUCGUUAUACGCUCUAAAUAUUCCAGAAGUUGUUUACCAUGUAAUUAAUAUGAAAAAUGCACUCCCAGAUGAUUAACUCAUUGUUAAUUACUUGUUAAAUCAAUGAUUCAAAAAUAUUCGAGGACUCAAAUUAUCCGCAAAGAUUGUAUUUUUAAUAAUGUGACAUGCAUUUUUAUAAAAAUGAACGCAUUUCAUUGCCAUUUUUUUUUUAACUGCGUUUCAUAUCGUGUCGAAUUGAUAAUUUGUUAAUUUAUAAAUAAGUCAUCCCUUUAUUAAUAUUAAAAUUCUGGAUUGUAAUUUAUAAUAAAACUUAAGAAAUUCUUGAAUUUUGAAGCAACCUUUCGAAAUGGAUAUACAUACGUUUGUGUAUCCUUUGCCUUUUUGCUUCUUAAUAAAAUAGCGAGUUAGUAAAUUUUGUUAAACGUGGCUGCGCAGUCACACAAUUAACAGAUACAUUAUACCGAUGUUACAAGUUACAGGCAAAUACAUAUAUAGCAAAUCGUUGUUUUAUCAUAAUACGUCUCCUUGUACAUAAGUUUAAAUAUAUAAAUAUCUGGUUCAUUAUA